AUGUCAGUCAAGCGUAAGUCUAGUCGAGUGAACACCGGCAUGAAGCUCGUCGGAAUCAAGACCGUCGAUGACCAGUUCAAAACGGCCGUCGCCCCACUUUGCGAGUCAAUCGCCAUGCGUAAUAAGCUCGAAGCAGCUCUGAUCGACUGGCAAGAAGAAUGCGGACUGGGCCCUGCUGGUACUAUUCGACAAGGAAUCCGUCUCAUACAUUCACGAAUGAUGACACUGGCUGUGAACUGUAAGUUACCUAUGAGUUAG